UAGAUUGAAAAACUAGAUGCCACGUAAAAUUACGCCGAAUCCACGACAGCUAUGAUCGGUUCAAGACCCCGUUCUCGAUCUCCAUGUGAAGAACGUCCCCAUGACUUUAAAAGACAGAAAUCUAUAUCAACGCAAUUUGGUGUUUUGAAUGUAGAAGAGCAACCAAUCGACGAGGUUGACGGCAUUGUUGACAAAUGCGUAGAUGUGAUGCAGCAUGGCGUCGAAUAUAUAAAGGAGCACUGUGUACAGUGUUUACAACCUCAGCUGAGUGAGGAUUUGCCUCAAUGGCCUGAAUCUAGAGUGGGAAUCCCACAUCCCAAUGCUCCCAGUCAACGCAUUGACUUAGGAAUGAAAUUUAGAACUAUUCAGUUAGAUAAUGAUCAGUAUGAACAUAGUGUGCUUGAAGUCGAAGAAAAUAGUUCGGCACAUCAACUUAAGAUUAGGAAUGGUGAUACUAUUCACAGAAUUAAUGGUUCUGUCUUAUUGGAUUCUGAUCAUCACGAUGUUGUCAACAAGUUUUUUCAGAUUACCCAAAAAUUCAAACUUACUUUGAGUAGAGCACCGGAAGAUGUUGUUGAUGGUAAUGAUGAUGAUUAUGAAGAUGUAUGUACUUAUAUGGAAAUUGAAGUUGAAAUUGAACUUGAAGAUGAUAAUGUUACAGUUGAAAUUAUUGCUGAGUGGCAGAGGGAGUUCACUAAAAACAAUGUACCAAAACUGCGUUGUUACAAACAGUCAGAUUGUUAUGUCCAUACUGCUACCAGUGAUUCUACUUCUUUGUUGUCAAUGACAUCAAGCUCAUCUGUUAAGAUUAUUCCAGCUCACAUUGAGGAUGAUGGUGGUCAGUGGAUUGUGUAUCUCUAUAGCGUUCUAUGGCCAAUUAAGUUUGACAUCAUAGCUCAGGCUGAUACAACCAAAUACCCAUCUUUUGCCAUGGUUUUAUACAACGUAAAAUAUGACAAAUGUCUGUCCAUUUCGGAAUUGAACCAACUGAUUUGUAUGAAAACUUCCAAAAAGAACCUGUCCAGGUUAAAGACUAUAGACAGCCAUGUAUUUUUUAAAAAGAAGUGGGUGAAAGGAAGUGACCAUAUUGUGUUUGAGUCAGCAAAAUACAGAGAUCUCUAUUUAGCCAAGAGUGGCAAAGGUGUCUUAUUGAUAGAACAGAAAGAUUCCAGUGAUCUGGAACCAAGUACAAAAUUCAAGUUAAGCAUGGAUGUCUAA